AUGCCGGUGACCUUCGAGGAGGUGGCUGUGUAUUUCACCGAGGGGCAGGGGGCUCUGCCGGACCCCACUCAGAGAGCCCUCUACAGGGUCGUCAUGCAGGAGAACUAUGAGACGGUGAACUCGCUGGAGGGUGCUGGGAUGGUGAAUGAGAAGGAGAAUCCACAGCGGGAAGGUGUUGAGGACGUGGGUCUGCAGGGAAUGGUAUUGGGAAGAUCCGAGGGGAAUUUUUACCAGAAUCAUAAACCAGGAAAAACGUGUGAAAACCAGCGCAGGUCGGAGAGGCUGCUGGGAUACGACCCAGGGAAGAAAACGUGUGAACCCAUAAAUCAUGGUGGAGAUUGUGAGGAUCUCAAGGAAACCACAGCCCAGCAGAGAAUCCCCACAGAAGAGAGAAAAAACACAUGCACUGAGUGUGGGAAAAGCUUUAUGCGGAGAUCACAUCUUAUUUCCCAUCAGAGGAUCCACACUGGAGAGAAACCAUAUAAGUGCCUUGUCUGUGCGAAAGGUUUCAAUCAGACCGCAAAUCUUAUUUCACAUCAGAGGAUCCACACGGGAGAGAAACCCUAUAAAUGUCUUGAUUGUGGGAAAGGUUUCAAUCAGGGUUCGCAUCUUAUUAGGCAUGAGAGAACCCACACGGGCGAGCAACCUUAUAAAUGUCUUGACUGUGGGAAAGGUUUCAUUCAGAGCUCACAUCUUAUUAGGCACGAGAGAACCCACACGGGUGAGAAACCGUAUAAAUGCCUGGAGUGCGGGAAAAGCUUUGUUCUGAGCUCAGAUCUUAUUUCACAUCAGAGUAGCCACACGGGAGAAAAACCCUAUAAAUGCCUACACUGUGGGGAAAGUUUUGAUUGGAACAUGCAGCUUGUUAGACAUCAGAAGCAGCACACGGGUGAGAAACCCUACAAAUGCUUGGAUUGCGGGAAAGCAUUUAGUGACAGUUCUGCCCUUAUUAUUCAUCAGAGAGUCCACACAGGAGAGAAACCCUAUAAAUGCCUCGACUGUGGGAGAAGAUUCAAUCGGAGCGCGCACCUUACUAGACACAAGAGAACCCACACGGGAGAUAAACCCUAUAAGUGUCCAGACUGUGGGAAAAGCUUCAAUCAGAGCGCGUACCUCAUUUCACAUCAGAGAACUCACACAGGAGAGAAACCCUAUAAAUGCCUUGAGUGAGAGAGACCGUAUAAGUGCCUGGACUGUGGGAAAAGGUUUAUUGACAACUCUGCCCGUAUUAAACAUCACAAAAUCCAUACAGGAGAGAAGCCCUAUAAAUGCCUCGACUGUGGGAAAAGUUUCAGUCGGAGAUCAACUCAUGAGCCGGUGACCUUCGAGGAGGUGGCUGUGUAUUUCACCGAGAGGCAGGGAGCUCUGCUGGACCCCGCUCAGAGAGCCCUCUACAAGGACGUCAUGCAGGAGAACUACGAGACGGUGACCUCGCUGGGUAAGGGAUUCUUGUCCCCUUGA